CUAUGACAAAAUAGAAAUCGUAGAGUAGCAUCACUAGGUACAAAAAUAAUACUAGAGAGAAAUUUUAAUUAUAAUAUUUUUGAGAUAUUGGAGUGUUUUAUACUUGAAAUAUGAAGUUUGCCAUUCCAGAAAUCUCAUGGCAUAAUAGGGAUCCAGUUUUAAGUGUAGAUUUUCAGCCCAAAUGUGAAUCUGACGAGCAUUUAAGACUCGCUACUGGUGGCACUGAUUCUCAUGUUUUGAUAUGGUAUAUAACCACUACAGAAACGGGCUCAGUGAAUCUCGAGGUGGCUGCAGACCUAACAAGGCACCAGAAAGCUGUCAAUGUUGUGCGGUGGUCCCCAAAUGGCCAGUUAUUGGCAUCUGGUGAUGAUGAGUCCAUCAUUUUCAUCUGGAAACAGAAGACUGAUAAGGAGCCAGUGGUAGUGCAGAGCUUGGAACAGGGGGAGGAACAGUACAAAGAAGCAUGGGUCGUUUAUAAGACACUCCGUGGACAUAUGGAAGAUGUCCUGGACAUCAGUUGGAGUCUUGACUCAAAGCAUCUGGCGUCCGGGUCCGUGGACAACAAGCUGCUCAUCUGGGAUGUGGAUCGCGGCCGCUACACCUCCAUGCUGAGUGACCACAAGGGUUUUGUUCAGGGAGUGGCGUGGGAUCCACAGGGACAAUUCAUUGCUACCACUAGUUCUGACAGGGUAAUGAGAACAUUCGAUGUGAACACCAAGAAGGUGAUAUCUCGCAGCAGCAAGGCCGUGCUGCCGUUCCCAGCCGGGCACAGUCUGAGCGGCGUAGCAGUGCGGCUGUACCACGACGACACGCUGCAGACGUUCUACCGGCGGCUGCAGUUCAGUUCGGACGGGGCGCUGCUGGCCGUGCCCGCGGGGCGAGUGGAGCCCGACCACCCCUCAGCGGAUUUUAAGCCUAUUAACACUGUCUACAUCUACACCAGACACUCUUUGAAAGUGCCGUGCUGCGUGGUGCCGUGCGGCGACGCGGCGCUGGCGGCGCGCUGGAGCCCGCGGCGCUACGCGCGGCGCAACGCAGGCGCGCGGCCGCAGCUGGCAGCCGCGCGCUCGCUGCUGGCGCUCGCCACCCGCCGCUGCGUGCUGCUCUACGACACGCACCAGGCGACGCCCAUCGCGCUCGUCUCCAACAUACACUACACCAGACUAACGGACCUAACAUGGUCACCCGACGGGCGCAUGUUGGUGGCGUCCAGCACGGACGGGUUCUGCUCCGUCAUCACCUUCAGCGACGGGGAACUAGGGGAAGUACUGCCCGACGAUGUCCUAGAGCCCAAAGAGAAUACAGAACAAUCCAUGGAAGUUGAAGCAGAAGAACAAAAAGAAAUCCAGAAAGAGAAAACGCCAGAACAAGAGACAAAACCCGCCAACAACUUACAAAAGAUCGAUUCAUUCAUCAAAUUCAAGGCUCCUUCUAAGAAAGCGCAACCGGGGCCUAAAACUCCUGUAAAAAUAGACGUCUUGGAAGAAGUGGCUAUGCCAUCUUGGUCAGAUAAUUCCAACCAAGAAAUGAGACAAGUUAGUGAAGUUAUGGAUGUUGAUGAAAAGCCAAGUGAUAUAAUACACAUUGAAGACAGUGAAGAUAUCAAAUUAGUUUAUGAAGAAACUGAAACUAAAUUAGAAUCUCCUGACAGUAGAAAAUCGCUCAAUGACGCAGAAAAGUCGCCAGAUGACGCAAAGAAAUCUCCAGAAAAUGCAAAACCAGUGACUAAAGACGUAGAAAAAUCUCCAAAGGAUUCCAAAAUCGAUACUAAAGUUGAUGAGAAAAACACUGACAGUCCAAAAAGUACACAAGACAAUAAUUUCAUGAAGAAAGCGAAGGUGACAGAUAUAAAAGAGCCAAUAACAAUAAAAUCAGUGGCGAGUCCAAAGGCACCCAGAAGAGUCAGUUUUGUGACUCUGUCCAGUCCUAAAAAUAAGAAAAAGUGUUGAAAUCCGAAUAUAUUUACGACUGUUAUUUAAGGAUUCUAUUUUACAGAAAAUAUGAUUUUAUUUAAAUAAAA